CCCGCCAUGUGCAGGAUGAUGAAAGUUGGACCUCUUGCAACGCUCUACCGGCGUCCAUGGCCCAAAUCGUCCGUCUUGGCUCCGCGACUUGACCCUACCAUACCCAUUGAGGAGGAAAAGACGCCCAACUACGACGCUGGUCGUUUCUACCCUGUGCGCCUGGGACAAAUUCUAAACGGCAGAUAUCAAAUUGCGACGAAACUAAGCUACGGCGACAAUUCAACUAUAUGGCUUGCUCGAGACCUUGACCGUUGGCGAUGGUUGGAAGACAAGUAUGUCGCCGUCAAGGUCAAUGCAAGCAGCCACGCUUCGCGACGAGUUCCACCCACAAACGAGCAUUUCGUCAGGAAGCUUUCCGACUCUUUCUCAAUUAACAGUACAUCAGGAGGCCACGUGUGUCUUGUCUUGGAAGCCCUGCGUGAGCCUCUAUGGCUCUACUGCAGAAGAUAUAUCAACAACGUCAUUCCUCCGGAUAUCCUCAAGACCCAGCCAUCUUUGAUCGAGAUGCCAAGGAUGAAUUCGACAACCCGCUACCACAGAAGUACAUUGACUAACGCGCUAUUUACCUCUCUCGAAAUAACUACGGGCCGCUUGCUAAACCAACGGGAAUCAUCCAAACUGUUGACUUUGAUUUCUCGAAGUUAUCCUCAACCCGAUGAAUACGACGACCAGACUCACUUGGGUCAAAUUACAUCUCUGAUAAGGCCUCCGCCCAAGGACCUUUUAUCCAAGGGUCAAAGAACUUCCAUGUUCUACCAGAACAACGGUGCCCUCAAAGACCUCAGCAGAAUCCCUACAGAUUUUACACUGGGAAAAUCCAUUACUUGCAUGAGUGGCGAAGAGAAAACAAGGUUCCUUCAUUUUGUCAAGAGAAUGUUGACGUGGUGUCCUGAGGAAAGGAGCAGUGCAAAAGAGCUGUUGGACGACCCCUGGCUGUACGAGGAUUUCCCGCAAGAUUAG